AUGGCUUCGAACGGCGCUGGAACGAAAGGUAUGGACUCAUCACCAACUGCGUCAUCGCGACGGCUGCUUGCGAGGGAUACAGGGCUGACAGUUAAUGAUGCAGUGCUGAAUCUGCCUGCGAGCACCGAUCCCAGCUUUGUCGAUGCCUCCGGAUACAAGUUUAAAGAGAAGGACUUCAAGUCCGGCAAGGUCAAGGUGAAGAAGGCCGCCGCGAAGUUGCUGAAUGGCCUUCCAGAGCCGAAUUCCAAAGAUGAACAAGAUCCCCGAGGCUCGUCGUCGCCUAUCCUACCCGAGAUGGACGCCCAAACGAUGGCAGCCUUUCCCACCGGCAAACCAAGAGAAACUAAGCUCGAGACCGUGAUAUGCAAGCACUGUAAGAAACCAGCCCUUAAGCAAGCGGCCGCAGAACAUAUACGCGCAUGCCUUAAAGCAAAGCAAGAGAAGGCCCGAAAGAAAAAGGAAGCCAGAGAGGCAAAGUUGACGAAGGACAAGCCUGUGGAUAAAGAGGGCACUGAAGACGCGGAGGGAGAAGUUGUUGCUAUGAAGGGACAGAAGAGCGCGAAGAAGAGCGCCGGAGACGAUGCGAAGAAGGGGAAGAAGCGGAAAGUCGACGCCGACGAAGACAAGGAGCCGAAGAAGAAAAAGAAGGACGAGCCGAAGCCAAAGGUACCGAAGCCUAAGGGACCAGUCGAUGUUGAGAAGCAGUGUGGUGUUAUUCUUCCGAACGGUGCUCAGUGUGCGAGGUCACUGACCUGCAAGAGCCAUUCUAUGGGCGCAAAGAGAGCUGUUCCGGGACGGUCUCUGCCCUAUGACAUGCUGCUGCAGGCAUACCAGAAGAAGAACCAGGCCCGCCAGCAGAAAGCGGCUAUCGAUGCAAACGCACCUAUUCACGACGACAUCGACGGCAACGGCCCCAUCGACUCGGACGAAGAGAAAGAUGCGGUCAUGGCUGGACUGGCUCGAUCUCGUCCUCAGCCGCUGGUCACUCACCCGCUCAUGUCCACCCAGCGCAAAUACCACCUGAUACGCAUGAAGGAGAUGUUCUCUCAGGCUCUCGGGGGCGGAGGAGGAGCAGGUGGAGGACUGUUCUCUGGAGACUCCAUCUUCUCGGGCCGCAGCAUAUUUUCACGCUCAGAGUCGCCUCCCUUUCCGUCUUCUGCUGCGGGCAACCCUACAGAUAGCUCUAUACAGCAGCCCCAGGACAGCUCGAGGAAGUCUUUGCUCUCACAGCAAGCGGUUCAGAACCGGGCAGCCCAGUCUGCAGCAGCAGUGGCAGCAGUCCCAGCCAAACCUGUGACGGCAUCUUGA